AUGGCAGAAUCUCAAGACAAAUCCGAUGUUAAUACCAUCCUCUUUACAAACCUGCAGCUACUGGGAUUAGAUGUUGUCGGCAUGGAAGCAUCCUACAAGAUCCCUUUCAAUAAAGAUAUGUUCAAUCUCCCAAACAAGGCAGGCUCAGAGGCAGUGUUAUAUUUUCUUUUCCAAAGGCUUAAUCCAUCUUUAUGUCAAGAACAAUUCAGAGACUGCUGGCCUGUGUUAGACAAAAAGACAGAGUUACAGUUUAGAAAGAAGUCAACAAUUUGGUUGACAAACAUUCACAAGGAGGAUGCGGAGUCACGAUUGCCACGUGUAAAUGCAGCAUUGCUGCUCUCCCCUGGUGGGGGCAAGUUCAUCCAUCUGCUGUACAGUUUUUCAACUUAUGUCUUGGUCAACGUCAUGAAGUCAGAACAUGGGUGGAAAGCCCAGGAUUCCAUUAUCUACCCAACUUUACAGCCACGGACAACUGCACUGGGCUCAGUGAUGAAAUCAGCUGUCCAUGACAGCCUUAUCAGAGAGAAGAACCAUUUCUUUGAGAAUCUUUACCUAACUAUUGAUGCUAACAGACAGUGGAAAGACUAUGCCAGUGAACUUGUGAAAGAUAUUCGUUGUUUGACCAAAUCAAAUCGGGAGCUUGAACAUGAGAAAAGACAGCAAGUUAAUAUUUUGGCUGAUAACUGCAUAAAACAAGGCAUAUCGUUGCCUGCAAAGCGUACAGUCACAAUGUUUGAUUCAGACCAGGAUUCUCCUGCUCUUGCACGGGGACAGAGAUUGCAAAAGAUAAAGUCACAGUGGAAUUCUGUGACAGAAUUCAACGAUCAUGCUUCGGAAGCGAGAGAAAUAUUCUACUCUGUUGUAGACAGUGAAGCCUCUAGAUGUGUGCUUGAUGGCGCAGAGAUUGGUGUUCGUGUACCUGGUCUUCUUUUGAGACAAUGUAGUGAAGAAAUUCACAAGCGUGGCAUCGAUAAUGUUUACAGUGGUGGGGCCUUGAAUCUGGUGUCCCUUGUACAGCUGUGGAACAUCAGUUUAAAUAUGUAUAAGGAUCAGCUUAAGUCAGAACCUCUCCCAUCUCUUGCCACUGAGGUACCACACCUUCGAUCGCAGGCUAAAGAUCAUCAGUCACACUUGAGGCAUAUCCAGGAGUUGAGUGUAGCUUUGUUUUUUAAUUUGUCUUUCCAUUUUCUAACCGCUCCCACUCCACCUCUGUCUGCAGUUACCCGGGUUUCACAUCAAGCACAAACCUCUCCAGCAGGAUUGGUGGCUGGCUUCAGUGCCGUCACUGGAAGCACCCCAGAUGCCUUGUUGAAUGUGACCAGCAAGAUAGAAACAGCUGUUCAGAAAAGAGUUGAAGCUUCCACUGGUUUGAAGGGGGUUCCU